AUGUGGUCACCCCGGAAAAUAGGUGACUCAAUUGGUCGUAUUGUGAUUGCCCAUCCAACUGAAGGCGAAAGGUAUUAUCUUAGAAUUCUUUUGUCUAGAGUUCGCUGUCCUAAAUCGUUUGCUGAUUUAAAAAUGAUUAACGGGGUAACUGUUGCUACCUUUAGAGAAACUACUUUGUUACGUGGUUAUUUACUUGACGAUGCUACUCAACAAGUAUGUAUGCAAGAAGCUUCUACUUUUCACAUGCCAUAUGAGUUGAGAAGGCUUUUUGCUUCACUUUUAGUUUUUACCUAUCCAAAUAGUCCGCGCAAGUUGUGGUUGUUAUUUGAAGAUGCAAUGAUGGAAGACAUUUUACGCCACCACAAAGAGACACACAAAGAAUCUAAUGCCCGUGCAUUUAAACAGAUUGAUUGUUUUCUGCAGUCAAUGGGAAGACGUCUUCAUCAGUUUGAUGUUCUACCCCAAAAUUCAUUUGAUCGGUUGAUGGAAGACGACACUAGAGAGAUUAAAACAGAAAAAAAAUAUUGUUGUUUCCACUGA